GAUGACGCGCUCGGAGUCACUCGAGUCGACAGCUUCCUUCAUCCACGACAAACUGCUCACCGCUUCAUUCUCCUCCUGACGCGGAAAUUAGGUUGGCGCAGUUCUCUAUUACGGCGGUUUUUCGUUUUCAUACACACACACUCCGCGAACGUGAGCACCCUUUCUCUCCUCUCAGGUAACGCGAGCCAAUAGGCGCUCGCGUACAGUGCUCAAACACCCGAGCUCACGGAAAAAGAGGCGGGAACCUCGCGCACCUUCAGACGACGCGGAGCGCGUGCGCGCGCAUUCACAUCGCUCGAGCUCACUCACUCACACAGAGCAGCCAGCAGCAGCUUCACGGGCUCAAACCGGCGGCUUGCAGAAGGGGCAGGUGGACGUCUGCGCAGACUACCACCUCCGCUUGGCGGUCUGAAAGCACCUCGGUGGAAAUUUGGCCACUUCUCCCAGCCCGUCCGUGAUCUCGGUGUCAUUUGUCACAAAUACAUGCCGUUCAAGUGCUCGUAGUAAACAGUUCCUCGAGAUGGAAAACGCCCACACUAAAUCUGCAUCUGAAGUUUUAGCAAACUUCGGUGUGAACGAAAACACUGGACUCACGCUGGAACAAGUGAAAAACAAUUUAGAAAGAUAUGGACCGAACGAGCUCCCAGCCGAAGAAGGUAAAUCUCUGUGGGAGUUGGUGGUGGAGCAGUUUGAGGACCUCCUGGUGAGGAUUCUGCUGCUGGCAGCCUGCGUGUCUUUCGUGUUGGCACUGUUUGAGGAGGGGGAGGAGUCGACCACAGCGUUCGUGGAGCCUAUUGUCAUCCUGCUCAUUCUGGUGGCCAAUGCAGUCAUUGGAGUCUGGCAGGAGCGAAAUGCAGAGAACGCCAUCGAGGCUCUGAAGGAAUACGAGCCAGAGAUGGGCAAAGUCUACCGCAUGAACCGCACGGCCGUCCAGAGGAUCAAAGCUCGAGACAUUGUGCCUGGAGAUAUUGUGGAGAUUUCUGUUGGAGACAAGGUGCCAGCAGAUAUCAGGAUCACUUCAAUCAAAUCCACCACCCUAAGAGUGGACCAGUCCAUUCUCACAGGCGAGUCUGUGUCUGUUAUCAAGCACACUGAUCCCGUGCCAGAUCCACGAGCUGUCAAUCAAGACAAAAAGAACAUGCUGUUUUCUGGCACAAACAUUGCGGCAGGUCGGGCCAUCGGUAUUGUCGUCUCCACCGGAGUUUCCACCGAAAUCGGUAAGAUCCGUAACCAGAUGGCAUCCACCGAACAGGAGAAGACCCCGCUGCAGCAGAAGCUGGAUGAGUUUGGCCAACAGCUCUCGAAGGUCAUCUCCCUCAUCUGCAUCGCCGUCUGGGUCAUUAACAUCGGCCAUUUCGCCGACCCGGUCCACGGUGGCUCGUGGAUCCGAGGUGCCAUCUACUAUUUUAAGAUAGCUGUGGCUUUGGCAGUGGCAGCCAUCCCGGAGGGUCUGCCAGCUGUCAUCACCACCUGCCUGGCGUUGGGCACCCGUCGCAUGGCCAAGAAAAACGCCAUUGUCCGUUCUCUGCCCUCAGUGGAGACACUGGGAUGCACCUCCGUUAUCUGCUCAGAUAAGACGGGGACCUUGACGACCAACCAGAUGUCUGUCUGCAGGAUGUUUGUGGUUAAUAAGGCUGAUGACACCAGCUGCUCCCUGCAUGAGUUUACCAUCACUGGCUCAACCUAUGCUCCGGAGGGACAAGUGCUGAAAGCUGACAAGCCAGUGCAGUGUGGAGAAUAUGAUGGUCUGGUGGAGCUGGCUACUAUCUGCUCCCUGUGCAACGACUCCUCGCUGGACUAUAAUGAGGCCAAAGGAGUGUACGAGAAAGUGGGCGAGGCUACGGAAACUGCGCUCACGACUCUGGUGGAGAAGAUGAACGUGUUUAAAACCGACCUCUCCGGACUCAGCAAAGUGGACCGAGCUUCAGCAUGCAACUUGAUUAUCAGAAAACUGAUGCAGAAAAAAUUCACACUGGAGUUUUCCAGAGACAGGAAGUCCAUGUCUGUGUACUGCACUCCCAAUGGCUCUUACUCUCAGAGCAAGAUGUUUGUCAAGGGUGCUCCAGAGGGCGUGAUUGACCGUUGCCAGUUUGUCCGUGUUGGUAAAGACCGUGUCCCGUUGACCAUGGCGGUGAAGGAGGAGCUGAUGAGCACUAUUAGAGACUGGGGGACAGGAAGGGACACACUGCGCUGCUUGGCUUUGGCCACACGAGACGCUCCCCCUCUUGAAGACAAAAUGGACCUGGAAAACUCUGCCAAGUUCGCAGAGUAUGAGUCAAGCCUGACCUUCGUUGGCUGCGUGGGGAUGUUGGAUCCGCCCCGAAAGGAGGUGAUUGGUUCAAUAAAGCUGUGCAGUAAGGCCGGUAUACGUGUCAUCAUGAUCACUGGGGACAACAAGGGCACCGCCGUGGCCAUCUGCAGACGUAUUGGCAUUUUUAAUGAGGAUGAAGAUGUGGAAGGACGAGCCUACACCGGCAGAGAGUUCGAUGACCUGACUCCAGAGGCCCAGCGAGAAGCUGUGAAAAGGGCACGGUGCUUUGCCCGUGUUGAGCCUGCACACAAGUCAAAGAUUGUCGCAUAUCUGCAGUCCUUUGAUGAGAUCACAGCGAUGACUGGAGAUGGUGUGAACGAUGCCCCUGCCUUAAAAAAGGCUGAAAUUGGCAUCGCCAUGGGCUCAGGCACAGCUGUAGCCAAGUCAGCCUCUGAGAUGGUGCUCUCUGAUGAUAACUUCUCCACCAUUGUGGCUGCAGUGGAAGAGGGACGAGCCAUCUACAACAACAUGAAGCAGUUUAUCCGUUACCUCAUCUCCUCCAACGUGGGAGAGGUGGUGUGUAUUUUCCUGACUGCCAUCCUUGGCCUGCCUGAGGCUUUGAUCCCAGUCCAGUUGUUGUGGGUGAACUUGGUGACGGAUGGUCUGCCGGCCACUGCUCUGGGCUUCAACCCCCCUGAUCUGGACAUCAUGGACAAGCCCCCCAGAAACCCAAAGGAGCCUCUCAUCUCCGGCUGGCUCUUCUUCAGAUACCUGGCCAUUGGAGGAUAUGUGGGUCUAGGCACUGUCAGUGCUGCCACCUGGUGGUAUUUGUUUGAUGAGGAUGGGCCACAGGUGACUUUUUAUCAGCUGCGGCACUUCAUGCAGUGUACAGAAGAAAACCCCAUGUUUCAGGGCAUUGACUGUGAGGUCUUUGAGUCACGUUACCCCACCACCAUGGCUCUUUCUGUGCUUGUUACCAUAGAGAUGUUCAACGCUCUUAACAGCCUGUCAGAGAAUCAGUCUCUCCUGAGGAUGCCACCCUGGGUGAAUAUAUGGCUGCUGGGGGCAAUAAUCCUUUCCUUGUCUCUACACUUCCUCAUCCUCUAUGUGGAGCCUCUACCGCUGAUCUUCCAGGUCACUCCACUGCAUUACUCCCAAUGGAUCGUAGUCCUCAAGAUCUCAAUUCCUGUCAUCCUAUUGGAUGAGGCACUCAAAUAUAUCUCCCGUCACCACUUAGAAGGUGAAGAGGAGGAAAGGUACAGGAAGAGUCGGCAGCUGAAAUUCUAGGACAACUUCCUCCAGACACACAUGAACACACACACGCCCACCCCUGCCUUUUUCCUCCAAGCUUUUAGGACUGCGCCCCAUGCACACACACUGACACACACAUUCGUCAUCACUCCUCCCGUGUCUUCGCUGCAUGUCCAGCCACCACUAAAACAAGCAGGGCUUGUAGUUUUUGUUACUGUGUGUGUGUUUGUGUGAGAGCGAGAUGAGGUGUGCACGUGUGUGUGUUGGCAUGUGCAUGGGCCUAAUUCAAUCACGUCAAGCAGUUGUGUGACCAUUUGUUUUCUUUUAUCUUGCUUUUUAGCUUUCAUAUCCUUGCUGUACAUAGUAGGGCAGUUUCUGGUGCACUUGAGGGAGAAGACGGUUUGACGUUUGGGGUUAAAUUCACGGAGCCACAGAGAAAAAUACUUAAUACACAAUGAGGAGAGAUUCUAAUUGAAAAAGAGAGGAUGGAGAUGGCACAAUGGGCGUCUUUUAAUGUGUGAAUGUUCGUGGACAGAAUGGCCAGUUUCUUAAGUGGUCAACUCUCGUUCCUCUUUUCUUUACAGAUGGGGUGGCCACCUUCAGUGCUGAGAGUUCAUUCUCUUGUGAUUAAUUUCGAUAACUGUUUACACAAGACUAAACUAGGCAGCAUAUUUAUAUUGCACUUGAAUUUAAAACAAAAAAUGUAUUUUUAAGUCUAAAGUAGGCGCCACUUAAACCUGAGAAUGUUGAAACAUACUCUGUUCUGGAUUCAGGCAAAUGUAAAAUAAUAGGCCCGGGAAUGAAUUUCACCCACAAAACGAUUCAAAAUAUUUACAUCCGCCACAAAAACAAAGGGAGCAAGUGAACUGAUCUAUCCCAGACUACUUCUUUAUUCUCUAGAGUGAACUUUAGUUGAACACUAGUAAUUUUGUGCUGCAAGUAAAUCCAUCCAAACAUGCUGCAACCUGCCACAUGCUGUAAGUAUUAAUAUCUACGGCAGGUUUCGAAUAUGAUGAGAGGGAAGAAGGAGGAAAGAAAGGGAUUUGUUCGUUGACGUGAGGCAUUGAUUUGUUGGGACAGCUUUGAUGUUUAACAUUCUGACUCGCUUCUCCACACAAACACAUGCACCCUCAUUACGAAGUAAAGGGGUCUCACUUGAAUGUACUUUCAUUCGCUUCCUCCCUGUAGCGUCUUAUUCUUUGAAAUUUAACCACAGUAGUCCUAAACUGCACCAAUUCAUUCUUUAAUACUGUGUGCUGCCAAACAGCUUCAUUUGCUCUUGUUUUUCUUUCUCCAUAUUCUUCAGUUGAGUUGAAAUCAUCAUCAUCACGGACACACAAUCAUGUUUAACACAAUGCUUGCCGUACUUCAGAGCGAGGACUCUCUACCGCUAGUGCUUUCUUGCAGUUUUGAUGAACUCGGCAUUUUUUUUUGUUUGUUUUUUUUUUAAAUAAAGUAAUAAUAAUGUAUUCGACUGAAAGAACCCAGGUGGUUUAGUUUGUCAGUUUUGCUGUUAAGGUGAUAUGCUUUCAUCGAUCUGUUGGGAAAUGCUGGUGUGCUGUUAUCAGACAAAUUGUGCCUGGUGUCAUUAUGCUUGCCGUGGUAAAACCCGCAGUGUGAAGAGUCUGUCCGCUUGUUAGCUGUGACAUCCUUUUGUCACAGCCUAGAAUCAUCUGUUUUGCCAGUAACAAAUGUGAGUGGUGUAAAUGCUGUUUAAAAGGCAAGCUCUGCAUCCCAUUGUGCUCUCACUCUUAAUACGCAACGUAUUGCCAUGUAACUUUAGGGUCAGCGUAGUGACACGAGGCAAUAAGGCCGCUCAUGUUCAUCACACUAGCAUCUGCACCAAUAGAAAGUGUGGGCUUUGUACAGCCUUGCUAAUAACUACUGAUCUCUUGAACUCUGUACAGAAAAAACUAAAUACCUGAUUGCAUGGAACCUUGUUACUGUAAUUAAUAGCCUAUACAGUAUAUUUAAUUUUUUUUAAUAACAACUUAAAUGAAACAUCACCACCCGGAAGAGAACAGUGCAAAACUUAUUUUUUCUUUCUGCGUUCAAGUAAAACUAAGAAUGGAGAAUAUUUUGUAGAAUAGCGGAGGUUGUUUAUUCAUUGUUACAGUUUGAUUUUUAAAGGUUGCAGGGGUUUUGUGUCUUUUAAAUUUAGUUUAGCAAUUGUAAAAUAAAGUUAAGAAUUGUGCUAAUGAUCAUUUUGCAACUAUAAUUGGGUUUGAAUGUCUGAGGAUUUUUCUUUUGUUUGUCUGUCUGUUUUGUUCGAUCGAUUGUUCUCGAAAAGGAACAUCUUGUGGUUUACACUGAGUGACGUCCAGUAGUCAAUACUGGCUUAUGAAGUCAAGUUCUCUUGAAGGGCUCGGUUGUGGGUACUGUGCCUCCAGAGAUAUAAAUGUCUGUGUGUUAUGCAGAAAGCUGGACGUCCACUUUGUAAAUCUGUUUCAAUCCGUAUUUAAAAAAAGGUGUUUUAUCACAUUCUUGAACGUCUUUUGUUGGUGCUUCUUCCACACACCGUUUUCAUCAAACAAUACUGAAUGUUUUCGUUCUGAAACGUACUUGCUUGUUCGCUCGGAACACUCCCGAAAGGUUGACAAUCAGGAAAGCAAAUAAAAGAUUGUAGGAACGUUUCCCCUCAUUCGUUCUCGAGCACAGUGUGGUCCUGAGACGAUCCACCGUUCGUACUGGACAGCUGUCUUUCUGCCUGCGCACAAACCGGCUGGAGCUUUGCACCCACUACUGAGAAAGAAUUCUCUGUAAACGCCUUGGUAAUAUUAAUUGUGGAUACAUAAUUUUAUAUAUAUGAAAAAGACAUGUCAAAUAAAGAUUAUUUAUCUUCUAAUUUA